ACAAAUAGUAAGAUGCUUAGUUGUAGUCUCCUAUAUAAGUAGGACUUUGCAUUAGGGCAAACUCACUCAUCCACUUUAUUAUAUUAUAGCCUACGACUACAAGCCUACAAGGGAUAUAUCAGUUCCUCAGAGAUUCUUCAAAAACAGCCCAAGGAAUUUUUUGUUAAAAAUGUUGGUGAAUACAAUGGGAAGUUAUUAUGAAGUGGGAAACUCCUCAAAUAACAAUAUUCAUUCAAAUAAUACAAAUUUUCUUCAAAGGCCAGUAAAUGAAAACAGUUCAAACAAGAGCUUAUUAGAAAGUAAUUCAAUGACAGUCCCACCAUUAAUGAUAUGGUCUUCUUCAAAAGCAGCAAUAUCUCCAGAGGCUAAAGCUUUAGCCGCCUGUAAGAGCCACAAGGAGGCCGAGAGACGCCGCCGCAAGCGUAUCAACACCCAUCUCGCCACCCUUCGCACCCUCCUCCCUAACCUCAUCAAGACGGAUAAAGCCUCGGUGUUAGCAGAGGUGGUGCGCCGUGUGACGGAUCUGAAAAAGGCCACUUCAGAACUAACAUCGGGUCGACACGUCAAUUAUGAUGGGUGCAAUGCUUGUUUACUCCCGGGGGACAUUGAUGAGGUCAAUUUACGACGUAGUGGAAAUGACCAUUCUACCCUUAUUGCUACCUUGUGUUGCGAGGAUAGGCCCGAGCUAAUUGUGGAUUUGUCAAGGGCAUUAAGGUCAGUCAAGGGUAAGGUUGUGAAGGCCGAGAUGGCAACCAUAGGGGGCCGGACCAAGAGUAUAUUGUGGGUCCGUGGGGUCGGUGGUGGCGGGCCAGAAGGGUUGUUAAAGCGGGCCUUGAAAGUGGUGGUAGACAAACCUUGUUCUUCUGGACUGGCUCAUGGGCUGAGGAUGCACCGACCAUAUUAAGUGGUUUCUGUGUCGGGCUUCUAGUUGUUUAAGCAAAAGCUACUUUAUAGAAUAUCUUAUUUUGGUAGUUAAGUAUACAGUUGAGAUCCUAACUAACAAAUAUUGAAAUAUAUGUAGUAUCAAAUACAUGUACUUAUGUUGAAAAAAAAUACAUGUACUUAUGCACGAUGUUUUUUUUUUUUUAUUUAUUUUUAAUUCCCAAUUAGGGAGAGAAUUAAAAGAAAGGUAUUGAGAAGAGACAUCAGUUGUACUAAUAUGAAACUUUUUGUCUUUUAUUACUUAGGAUUAGCAACUAAUGAAAAUUAUGUCUUGUUUCAGUA